ACUCGACUUUUCCGUCAGUUCUGAUCCCCCAAGUAUCUAUAUAUCUCUCCCUAGCUCCUUUUCCUUUUUCCCGCGCUUUAUAACCCCCCCGGCCUUUUUUUUCUCACCUCCAUAUCUCCGGAUUAUCUUCUUCAACCUCAUUAGUCAAGAUUUGCGCCUCUGCUUUCUCAUUAACUUCAAUCCCUUUCAAACACAUUUAUUCCCUCCCACCCAACAAGUUUUUGUCUUAAAGUCUAGCUCUUUUGGUCUCCAUCUUCUUCUCAGUUUUGUUUUUUUACUGUUUCCAGAUGGAUACUAUCAGACCCAAAUCGGCUCCGAUCAAGCGGAGCAAGCUGGUCAGGACUUUCCACAAGGUCAUCAGCCUCCGAGCCGCCACCAAAAUCGCUUCCAACAAUGGCAUUUGCAAGCUCAAACCGAAUACCAAAGCCACCAAAGAGGAGUACGAUUUCGAAAAGAUGGAGGAUCUCAAAGCCAAGAACAGAGCAGUCAUGGAGGCUUUACUGGCCAAGCUCUUCGCCGGAAUCACUUCCAUUAAAGCAUCCUAUGCCGAGCUCCAAAUGGCACAAGACCCUUACAACAACGAAGCCAUUCAGGUGGCUGACCAGGCCGUAGUGGACGAGCUGAAAGCCAUUUCAGAACUCAAACGCAGCUUCUUGAAGAAAGAGCUCGAUCUCUCGCCGCAAGUGACUCUAAUGCUGGCGGAGAUUCAAGAACAACAGGGACUAAUGAAGACAUACGAGAUCACCAUCAAGAAACUAGAGUCCGAAGCUCACCGCAAAGGUUUAGGCAUUUCCACACUCAAAUCCGAACUCGAAGAAUUAGUCUCAACCAACAACUCCUUCGAAUACAAGCUCAAAUCCAGCGGACCUCUCUCAAUCUUCGACAACCUUCGCCUCCCAAAGCUAACCGCAACCCAUUUCGCUCAGUUUCAGCAGCAGACGGUAAGAUCCAUACGAAGCUUUGUCAGAUUGAUGAUCAAAGAUAUGGAAUCCGCAAGCUGGGACCUCGACACAGCCAUCAAGUUCAUCGAGCCAGAAGCAGAGUUCUCGAAACAGAGCCAUCGCUGCUUCGCAUUCGAGUCCUUCGUCAGCAAAACCAUGCUCGAAGGCUUCAACAACCCCAACUUCGGACUCCCCAGCGACUCAUUCCCUCCCAAUCACAAAACCCACCACCACUUUUUCGACCAGUUCAACAAGCUCAACCCCGCAAACCCAAAAUCGUUCCUCGCCCAAAACCACAGCGCGUCGUUUUGCAAGUUCACCAGAGCCAAGUACCUCCAACUAGUCCACGCCAAAAUGGAGUGCUCCCUCUUCGGAAACUUAAACCAGAGAAAGCUCAUAAACUCCGGCGAGGUUCCCGACACUCCGUUUUUCGAAGCCUUUGCAGAAAUGUCGAUGCGGGUUUGGCUUCUACACUGCUUGGCAUUCUCGUUCGGUCAACAAGUCUCCAUCUUUCACGUCAACAAAAACCGCAGAUUUUCAGAGGUGUUCAUGGAGUCCGUCACCGUCAACAACGACUCCGACACCGAGUUUUCCGUCAGCUUCACCGUCGUGCCGGGGUUCAGAAUCGGGAAGACGGUGUUUCAGAGCCUGGUUUACUUGUCUCCGGUGAGUAAUCUCCGGCGAAUUUGCGACUAAACGUAGCUCACUCCGGUGGGUUUAGGCGGUUUAUGUAAAUGAUGAAAUCAGAGCCGUUGGAUUUGUUGCGGUCCCAUAGCGGUAAGUGUAGGCUAGCUGUAGUAGAAAGGUAAUAGGGUUGUCUUCCCCAAAAUGGUUCUCUAACUUGUCCUGCUCUUUUCACCGGUUC